UUAAAUUGUUUCUUUUCUCGUUUGUGUUAAUCUAAUUGUCGUGGUUUGUUUUUUUUUCUUAAUUUGGACAAUUAACUAUUUUGUUUUCUUAAUUAACAUGGAUCUCAUUAAAGGUGUUGAACGUCCCUGGAUUUAUAAUGGGAAGAUAAACGUUCGAUCUUUUCUUGAUCUUUGGAAAACUCAAGAUUUAAGUCUUGAAAGCAAUUUAACACCAGAAACACUUGAUGAACAAUUUACCAAGAUGUUUGAUGUUGACCAAGAGAUGAUUGACUCAUUAAAGGAAGAUUUAUCACCUGAUUGUUUAACUGAUGUUGCUGAUGAAGGUUGGAAAGAUUGUAUUUAUGGUGAUAAAUUUGCGAUCCCUGAUCAAGUUAAAUUGGUUAGUGUUGCAGCUCAAGUUAAACAUAUCGAGAAAAUGAAAGCUGAUCGUAACUAUCAUAGUCAUGCUUCUCAACUAUUAAAGUAUAGAAAUUAUACCUUCUUGGACAAUUCAGAGAUGAAAAAACGUUCACCUGAUGAGCAAAAAAUCACAGAUCUUGAGGUUAUUCUUAAUGUUCAAAUAUUCAAGCCAAUGAAGUUCUCCUUGCAUGUUGGUGAACAUCGGAAACAUGUUAAUCCGAUUGCCGAACAAGAAUUUCUAUGUCUUGGUGGUCAAUUUUUAUCAGCUCUCAGAGAUGAGAUCAUUUGUCCAGUUGAUGCUAAUCCAGUUGAAGAUUGUAGCGAUGAUCCGAAAAAAUCCAAGCCAAGUGGCGGCGAAAUUUACACUUCUGGCUUUUUCUUCAUAGAUGAUUGUUUUUACAACGAUUUUAGAAAAACAUCCAAUAUAGAUUAUAGUCAAGUGAUUGUAGAUUGGGCGAAAAGUUCAGAUAGAAGAAUUGGUGAACUUCGAUCGGCUAAAAUGGAGGCUACUUGUUUCAUCGAUCUUACCAUUCGACUUGGUCAACCCUAUGUUUAUGUCCAUCAAGGGAAUUGUGAACAUAUGAUAGUCUUCUCAGAGAUGCGUUUAUUUUCACCUCAAACUGAUAGUCCAUUUAUCGACGAUUAUCCAAGAUUAUUUAAAACGGUCAACAAAACUGCUAUAAUGUGUUAUAUGUGUGGAAUCAAUGUCCCCAAAUGGCUUGUAUUUGAUAAUAAGAGAUUACCUGACAAUCCAUGGUUAUUUUGUGAACAAUGUUUCAUGUCCUUUAAUUACGAUUCUCAGAAGAAAAAAGUUGGACAUUUUAAAGCUUUUCCUUAUUUGGACAAAUCUGCAAUAAUUUGAUCAACCUUUUUGAUUGUUGAACUUCAUCCAUUUGUAAUAUUUUGUAUAUAAGCAAAAAAACCCAUCAAUGAUCAUAUAUUUUUAAUAAUUAGAAGAAAAUUUUAUUAGAUAAAACAGAAAAUUUUUGA